CGCUCCCCGUACCAGCCCGGACUGUCAAGACUUCGUCCGAGUUCUGGUCUGCGUCGCAUUGGAGGCCACGCUAGCGUAUGGGCGAAGAAUAAAAAUCGUUUGUACCGGUCAGCCUGCAGCGCAUUCGUCGUUCGCGCUGCAGUUGCGCAAGUUGCCCGUGCGUGUUGUUAGUUCGUGACCGAGAUCCGUAUCUCGGUGGGGAAAAAAAAUCGAAAAACAUUUCCAGUGAUAGUGACUUGUGUGAGAGAGAGAGAGAGAGAGAGUCUGUGUGUUGGUGAUCCGAGCUAAGUGAACGUGUCAGAGAUUACUCUAGUUAUUGUACAAAUAUCCCAUCAACAUGGCACGGGUUGGUAAAGACACUGUCCGGGGAAUCCUGAUACUGUUGUCCAUCAUGGCCGCUCCCGUUGUUGUCGCUCAGCUAGACGGUAGCUUCUGGUGGAUGAACACGAACCUGCUCAAGCAGGCAGAAGCGUUACGGGAAACGAAAGACAUUAAGGCGAUCGUGAUUACCAAGGAUUCGGAGCUGGACGAGGUCCGCGUUGGUGGCAACUCGCUGGUGGACAACGACUCACCAGACUGUAUCUGCGUACCAUUGAAUCGUUGCAACAAUCAACCGACCGGAAGAGAUGGUUUGUGUGGUGCGGAAAGUGUAUGCUGUCGACGGUCGCAGCUUAUCGCCCUUGAAUCGACAACUGCAUCGAUAACCACCACGCCAGUCCCAUCGAUUCCCAGCAGCAGCAUUCCUUCAACGAAGCUGGAACCGGUCGAUACGUUGAUUUUUGAUUCGGAUCCGGUUCCACCCAUCCUGCCAGCAGUGGUCUCAUUUCAGCCAAUCCCAUUGAACGAAACGGAGCACGACCCCAGCCUCCUGCUUGAGCUGUCCAAUCUUUUGCUAAGCCACAGCCUGCCGGAUACAUUCGAACCGAUCGAUACGAAUUCAUUACCGGUAGAUAAGCCCACCACUACGGAGCAUUCUUCACCGAUUGUGAGUACUACCACACCGCAGACGAACCCUACUGGUAGCAGCAGCAAUGGCAAUGCUAGCAGCAGUACGGCGAGUUAUUGUGGCCGAAGGCAGCAUUCUGUGAGCAGUCGUAUAUUCUUCCAAGAUGAAGAUGGGGACCGUCUCAGUGAGGUUCCGUCCGGCACGGUGGGCUUCAGUGAGUUCCCCUGGACUGUGGCUGUCUAUCAGCUGAUACGGAAUGGAUCGUUCGUGUACCACUGCGGCGGAGCAAUCCUGAAUCGAAGCGUUGUCGUAACAGCAGCACACUGUGUGUCAAACAAUCGUUUACACCCGAACCGUUUCAUCGUGCACGCCGGUGACUGGGAUCGAAGACACACGCAGGAACGAUUGCCACACCAGGAACGGACCGUCCAUCGUAUCGUCAUCCAUCCCAACUACUACUCCGGUGCACUGUUCAACGAUAUUGCGUUGCUGUUCUUUAGCGAACCACUGAACGACACACUGCCCAACGUUGAACCGGUGUGUCUUGGUGUUGGCCCGGAAGAAGCCUCCUCCCCGUACGAGAACUGUUUCGUGACGGGUUGGGGUGGUUCGCCGAAAAGUAAUCGACCGCAAAGUAUACAGCAAUUUAACAAACUUUCUAUCGUGAAUCGUCAGCUUUGCGAAACACGAUUACAGAACCAUGCCACGCUGGGGCGUAAGUUUAAGCUUCAUCCGAGCUUCGUGUGCGCUGCCGGCAAUGGGACGGACGUGUGCCAAGGAGCGGGCGGAAGUCCGUUUGCCUGCGAACGGGAUGGCCGGUACUAUCUGGUUGGGCUCGUUUCGUGGGGUAUUGGGUGUGGCGAUGGCAUACCGGCCGUACUGACCAACGUGGCCGAGUUGAGCGAAUGGAUUGCUUUUGGGAAGGUGUUUAGUUAAUUUUUAGCAAUUUAAAUAAGUGCAAAGUGAAUUUGUAAGCCUUUAUUAAUGUAAUUUUUAAGCACAUUGUUAAAAAAGCGUUUUAUUUGUAAAUAAAGGAAAUAAUUAUUUCAAAA